GGGAAGAGCUUCAGCCAGAGCAACAGCCUGAUCUGCCACCAGAUGAUCCACACUGGGGAAUGGGCCUACAAGUGUGGGGAAUGUGGGAAGGGCUUCAGCUGCAACUCUCAACUUGUCAUUCACCAGCGCAUCCACACUGGGGAGCGGCCCUACGAGUGUCCUGAGUGUGGGAAGAGGUUUCAGAGCAGCUCCACUCUUCUCAGGCACCAGCGGAUUCACACGGAUGAGAGGCCCUUCCGCUGUCCCGACUGUGGGGAGGGCUUCCAGCACAAUUUUACCCUCGUCAGGCACCGGCGCAUCCACACUGGGGAGAGGCCCUACGAGUGUGGGGAAUGUGGGAAGAGCUUCAGCUGCAGCUCCAGCCUCAUUACCCACAAACGCAUCCACACUGGGGAAAGGCCCUACGAGUGUCCCAAGUGCGGCCAGAGAUCCAGCCAGGGCUCUGAGCUGGUGGUCCAUGAGCAGCUUCAGGAUGGGGAGAAGCCCUACAAGUGCUUGGAGUGUGGGAAGAGCUUCAGCCAGAGCUCAUUCCUGAUCCGCCACCAGAUAAUCCACACUGGGGAAUGGCCCUACGAGUGUGGGGAAUGCGGGAAGGGCUUCAGCUGCAACUCCCAACUCAUCAUCCACCAGCGCAUCCACACUGGGGAGAGGCCCUACGAGUGUGGGGAAUGUGGGAAGGGCUACAGCCAGAACUCCAAUCUGAUCUACCACCAGAGGACCCACACUGGGGAACGUCCCUAUGAAUGUGGGGAAUGUGGGAUCACCUUCAGCCAGAGGUCCCAGCUGACCAUCCACCAGAUGAUCCACAGUGGGGUGAGGCCCUACGAGUGUCCCGAGUGUGGGAAGAGGUUUCAGAUGAGCUCCCAUCUCCUCAGGCACCAGCGGAUUCACACGGAUGAGAGGCCCUUCCGCUGCCCUGACUGCAGAAAGGGCUUCAAGGACAACUCCAACCUCAUCAGGCACCGGCGCAUCCACACUGGGGAGAGGCCCUACGAGUGUCCCCAGUGUGGGAAUAUCUUCAGCCAGAGCUCUCACUUGACCCAACACCAACGGAGGCACCGAGACCUGGUGAUCCAUGAUGGGGAGAAGCCCUACAAGUGCUUGGAGUGUGGGAAGAGCUUCCGCCGGAGCACCAAACUGAUCUGCCACCAGAUGAUCCACACUGGGGAAUGGGCCUAUCAGUGUGGGGAAUGUGGGAAGGGCUUCAGCUGCAGCUCCCAACUCAUCAUCCACCAGCGCAUCCACACUGGGGAGAGGCCCUACGAGUGUCCUGAGUGUGGGAAGAGGUUUCGGAUCAGCUCCCAUCUCCUUGAGCACCAGCGGAUUCACACGGAUGAGAGGCCCUUCCGCUGCCCUGACUGUGGGGAGGGCUUCAAGUACAACUCCACCCUUGUCACCCACCGGCGCAUCCACACUGGGGAGAGGCCCUACGAAUGUGGGAAAUGUGGGAAGAGCUUCAGAAAUAGCUCUAACUUGUCCAUCCACCGGCGCAUCCACACUGGGGAACGUCCCUAUGAGUGUGGGGAAUGUGGGAUGACCUUCAGCCGGAGGUCCCAUCUGACCACCCACCAGAUGAUCCACACUGGGGAGAGGCCCUACGAGUGUCCUGAGUGUGGGAAGAGGUUUCGGACCAGCUCUGAUCUCCUCGUGCACCAGCGGAUUCACACGGAUGAGAGGCCCUUCCGCUGCCACGACUGCAGGAAGGGCUUCAAGCACAACUCCACCCUUGUCAGGCACCGGCGCAUUCACACUGGAGAUGGCCCUACAAGUGAGGAAAGACCCACCCUGUGCCAGGAAGGUGGGCAGAGAUCCAGCCAGGGCUCUGAGCUGGUGGUCCAUGAGCAGGUUCAGGAUGGGGAGAAGCCCUACAAGUGCUUGGAGUGUGGGAAGAGCUUCAGUCACAGAAGAAACCUGGUCAGCCACCAGAUGAUCCACACUGGGGAAUGGCCCUAUGAGUGUGGGGAAUGUGGGAAGGGCUUCAGCUACAACUCCAAACUCAUCAUUCACCAGCGCAUCCACACUGGGGAGAGGCCCUACGAGUGUUCUGAGUGUGGGAAGAGGUUUCAGACCAACUCCAGUCUUCUCCUGCACCAGCGGAUUCACAGAGAGGAGAGGCCCUUCCGAUGCUCUGACUGUGGGAAGGGCUUCAAGCGAAAUUGCACCCUCAUCACCCACCGGCGCAUCCACACUGGGGAGAGGCCCUACGAGUGUCCCCAGUGCGGCCAGAGAUCCAGCCAGGGCUCUGAGCUGGUGGUCCAUGAGCAGCUUCAGGAUGGGGAGAAGCCCUACAAGUGCUUGGAGUGUGGGAAGAGCUUCAGCCAGAGCAACAGCCUGAUCUGCCACCAGAUGAUCCACACUGGGGACUGGCCCUACAAGUGUGAGCAAUGUGGGAAGGGCUUCAGCUGGAGCUCCCAACUCAUCACGCAUCAGCGCAUCCACACUGGGGAGAGGCCCUACGAGUGUGGUGAGUGUGGGAAGAGGUUUCAGAGGAGCUCCACUCUCCUCAGGCACCAGCAGAUUCACACGGAUGAGAGGCCCUUCCGCUGCCCCGACUGUGGGGAGGGCUUCAAGCGAAACUCCAACCUCAUCACCCACCGGCGCAUUCACACUGGGGAGAGGCCCUACGAGUGUGGGGAAUGUGGGAAGAGCUUCAGCCGGAACUCCAGCCUGAUCUGCCACCAGAGGAUCCACACUGGGGAACAGCCCUACGAGUGUGGGGAAUGUGGGAUGACCUUCAGCCGGAGGUCCCAGCUGACCAUCCACCAGAUGAUCCACACUGGGGAGAGUCCCUACGAGUGUCCUGAGUGUGGGAAGAGGUUUCGGAGCAGCUCCCAUCUUCUCGAGCACCAGCGGAUUCACACGGAUGAGAGGCCCUUCCGCUGCCCCGACUGCAGGAAGGGCUUCAAGGACAACUCCCACCUGAUUAGGCACCGGCGCAUCCACACUGGGGAGAGGCCCUACGAGUGUCCUGAGUGUGGGAAGAGCUUCAGCCACAGCUCCAGCUUCAACACCCACAAACGCCUCCACACUGGGGAGACACCCUACAAGUGUUCCCUGUGUGGGAAGAGCUUCACCUGGAGAUCUACCUUUACCCAACACCAACGGCGGCACCAGUCAGGGAAGCUCUGCAAAUGCCCCAAAGUACAGGAAGAGCUUUGUGCACUGCUCCAGCUUCAUCCCCCCUUGGAAAAUUCAAGUUUGGCAGAGACCUGGUGAUCCAUGUUCCCUGUGAUCCAUGCUGGGGAGACACCUGUACCUUUUCCUGCCUAUGGCAAUGACAUGAUGUGGGAUCAAAGAACGUGAGGGUCUGGCCAUGGCCCUUUUGUUAUAUUCAAUCCCAUCUCAGGUUGUUGCCAGAGGAAGGUGUUAGGGGUUAGGUGUCCUUUUUUUUAGUUCUGCAUUGCCUGUGGAAUUUUUACCCAUUAGUUGCUGGGACAAUCUAACUGUGGGUACUUGGUGGGUGCUUGACAAAAGACAAAUAGUUUGGCCGGGCCCAGGGAGGGAAGGAGGGCAGGAAAGGAGGAGAGCGGGGACAGUUUGGGAGGCUUUCUUCAGCUUCGGAGAAGGACACUUUGGGUGCAGAGAUGUUGUGGUGGGCACAAGAGAAUUUCACCAUCACCCACACGGAGAUGCUGCUUUUUCUCCUUCUUCCCUCUUUGUUGGUGGCCUCGCACCCCCUGUCCUGCCGGGACGUGUGGCAGUGCCAGGCACCGCCGCAGUGCUGCUGAUCCACCUCAUCCACCAGCCCAGGAUCUCAGCUCAUCCCUGCUGUUCCAGCUGAGUGUUCCUUAGAGCCCUGCAGGAGCACCGGGACUGCCCGCCCGAGGGGUUUGUGAAACAAAGCCUCUCCUCCAUCCCGUCUCAGCCGAGAAAGCUGUCAUGGGGUCCCUGGUUCUGUUUUCUUGCUAAUGCUGUAGUUAUUGUUGUUUGUUUGCCUGGUUAUAAAUACU